AUGUUUAAAAUUAAAAAAUCUAAAAACAACGGGAAAAGGCCUUCAACAUAUCGGCCUGUCUCAAGUGAAUUCUUCACUUCACCGGAAGAAACGUUUAACAUCGAAGGACAAAUCCAGGCCAUGGAUGAACAAAUCAAAAAUUUCUCGAAAAACUCGAAAAUAAACCAGGAAGGGCAUAAAGAAUUUCUACGCCACCAGGAAUAUUUUCUAGAAAGCAAACUAGAAAAUAAUAAAGUUCAAAAGAAGAAAUUGGAAAAGAAAUCAAAACUCUCAAUCAACUCAGCAGGAAGUAGCACUCAAUAG